UCCGUUCGACACAGACCAGCGGACGACGAGUCCAAUCCAGCAUCGCGGCGGAAGUGCUGUGCUUAUAGUGAUUACCACCGUUUAAUCUGCAUCCCAGGAUGUCGAAGAAGUUAACGAAAUUCCAGAUCGUGCUUGACCGGGGCACCCUCCUCUAUCUACCGGGCCAGGUGCUGUCCGGUCGAGUGUUACUCGAAACCCAGGGCAACACGGCCGUCCUCGGGUUGCACUUUCACGUGCUCGGCGAGUGUACCGUGCAUGUACCGAAGGGGCGGCGUGAUCGCUCGUACGAUAAGGAGAACUACAUCGACUUCCGCAUGAAGCUGCUGGACGAUUUCGACAACAAACCGAUCCUGCUUUCGCCCGGUAUCCACUGUUUUCCCUUCAAGCUGGGACUGCCCGUCUCCCUACCGUCCACCUUUCUUGGCCGACACGGCUGGGUACAGUACUACUGCAAGUCCAGCCUGCAGGAAACGUCCGGCAUUACGCACAAAAACCAACAGGUGUUCAUCGUGCUCAAUCCCAUCGAUCUGAACCUCGAGGUACCGAUCUUGAGUAGCCCGCUCGAGGUGAACGUCGAUCAUCGCGUAGGUGUCGGUGUGAUCGGUGGUACGAUCCGCUGCAACGUGGGCCUCAACAAGCGGGCGUACGUACCGGGCGAGAGCAUUCUGCUGACCGGCGAGGUACACAACCGGAGCAACGUGACCGUCAAGCUGCUCAAGUAUGCGCUCAUCGAGACGGUACAGUACUUUGUCCACGGCAAGCUGGUCCAUCAGGAGCGACGGGAGCUGGAUGCGAUUGUGCGAGACAAGAUCAAGUCCGGCACCAGGGAUGUGCUGCAGCAUGGUCACCUCCCGGUACCACCGCUACCACCCACCAACCUGCUCGGUUGCCAUCUGAUCAAGGUGCAGUACAGUGUUUGUGUGCUGGUGGAACCGAAUCUAAUGGAGCGCCAGGAAGCGAUCCGGAUUCCCAUCACGCUCGGGACGUACCCGUUCCGCGGGCGGGACGAUGAAAACUUGCAGGAGUGGGUGGACAACUAUGUACAGUACCCGGCCGCACUGCCCGUCUCCCGUGGUACACCCUUCGAGGUGCUGCACUAAGCUAGGGGGAGCCACCAGCCACCGGUUUUGCAACACGUUGAAACUUUAAUCACAUUAUGAGAGCAGGAACCAGGAACGUGUGCCGUGUGUCUGCAUGUCUCUCUAUCUCGCUCUCUUUCUCUCUGUGCACCGGAUGACACACUAACUAACAAUCGGGAUUCAUCUUGUUUGCAAAGCGAUUGAAUCAGUCACCGCAGAGACCACCGCACGGAAUGUUGCAAUUACAGACUUUUGCACAGCCUGGCUCUGCUCUCAACUCAACUCAACCAAGCGGUCAACGGCGGCCAGUCAUAGCCAGUCAAGUGAACUCUAGCGUAGCGCCCGUCCCGUGUAUGGUUGUUGUUUUAGGAUGCUCCCGGGUGUGCCGACUCUUGCCGGCGCCCUGCAGCAUCAGCCAGCAAAGACCGCUGCUGCUGCUGCUGCUGCUGCGUUGAACUGCUCGGUAGCUGAAAGCCAGCAAAUGGUGUCGCCUUAACUUCCUCCAACACCACCAGCACCACCAUCACCGGGAGCCUAUUCAAAUGCGGUCGACGACGAUUUCUAGCAAUA